AUGCCAUUUAGUUUGCUAGUAUUUGGUGUCUCUCAUCAGAAAUAUGACCUUCAAUGGAAAAAAUAUUCUGAAAUUUGCUCAAAACCAAAGCUGGGUGGUUAUCCUACUUGUGAGGUUGGAUUAAUAAUGUACAACCCUAAUCCAAGCCAAGGUAGGAGCAUCCACUAUAUCAAUUGGACAAACAAUAUGGAUCAGUUUUUAGCAUUGCUGCCGUUUUUAUCUUUCAAAGGACAUAAUCUAAAUCAUACCGCAGCAGAGGGUUUAGCAGAAGCUUUAGGGAUGUUCCCAAGAGAGAGAAUGACAGAAAAAGAAUACUUCGAGUGUGAAAGGCAUUGCGUUCUUGUGCCAACGGGUGAACCUGUUGCUGAGAGAAUGUUAGUGCCUUUGCCUAGGGUUCAUGAUGGAAAAUUUAUCCAUGGACAAAUCAGGAUUCUACUUGCCAACUUUCUAGACGUGGCAAAAAUGUUUGUCCCGCUCAGGAUAAGCCUUUCUGUCAUCACUCCAACCCUACAUCCACUUUUUGUAUCCAUUUUCAAUGAGGGAAAUUCUCUCGAUAAAAGCACCCCCAUCAUGGACUACGGAAAUGGUCACAUUACUGUUUUAUUGUCAAAUAAUUUUAAGGAGGCAAAGAAUGUUCAUUACAGCAAAGGAAUAGAAUCAAUGAAAACCACAACUUCUAUUCCCAUAAAUUUCUCUAACACUCAUCAAGGAGACCAAUACUCGGCAAAUAGCAUGAACAUUGGACAGCCAAGCAUUCAGGGUUUCCAAAAUGUUAGACGUGUAAGUAUAAAAUUGUUGUGGCGUUUUCCGUCUUGUUUGUGUUGGUUCAUUACUUACUUUGUCUGA